UUUUGUUUUUUUUUUUUUUUAUUCUCUUGCUCUUGCUCUUGCUCUUGCUCUUUAAUAAAGUAGCUGUAGCGAUGUCAUGGUUGUUAAGAAAACCACGCAAUCAGAGAGACCAAGAGCGUAACCACCAUGCGGCCAUCAAUCGCCCGGCAAUUUGAUCAUGAACUGGCAACUUUAGAAUUUGGGAUCGCUGUAAUUGGCCCACGACUGCGAUUUUGCGCAACAAAUUGAACAUCUGGUACCUGCCAAAGCAACGGUUUUGGAGCAAUUACUCUAGGGUUCUUUGACCGGAAAAGAGCAGAUGAAGGUCGUGUUCGGAAGCCCGGGGACUCGGAGCGGCCUCCUGCUCAGGACUGGCCAGAUCGCCUUCGCCGGAGUUUCGAUCGCCUUCAUGAUCUCUGCCUUCGGCUUCUCCAAUUACACCGCUUUCUGUUACUUGGUUGCUUCUAUGGGACUGCAAGCUCUGUGGAGUUUGGGCCUAGCAUGCCUCGAUAUAUAUGCUAUAAAGGUCAAAAGAGAUCUACACAAUCAUUUGCUAGUAAGCUUGUUCAUAGUUGGUGACUGGGUAACAGCAACUCUGUCUCUGGCAGCAGCAUGCUCUUCAGCAGGUGUGACUGUUUUGUUUGUGAAGGACACGAACUUCUGCAAAUCAUAUUCUCAGUUUUCAUGUGGCAAGUUUCAAGUUUCUACUGCCAUGGCUUUUAUCAGCUGGAUGUUUGUCUCAGCAUCUGCUCUAGUCAUGUUUUGGAUCCUGACAUCUAGCUGAUCAUAAAUAUGUUUAUUCUUUUUCUUUCUUUUUGUUGUUGAAAAAAUAUCAUUUCUGCUCUAGCCAUGAUUUCGAUCCUAACAUCUGACUGAUCAUACAUGUACCCUGUUUUUGGAAAAAAAAAAUUGUAAAGAUACUGCAGAGAUUUGUGGAGUGAAAUAGUUCAAAGUUUUUA